ACCUGUCAGUGAACAAAAAUAAAAGCUAUUAUAAAACGAAAAAUUAUAAACGUUUUUUUAAAUAAAAUAUUGAGUGUUUUAAAUUAAGUAAUUAAUUUUUGUGGGAAUGUAAAGAUUCAGUGUCUGAAGAGCUUAAAAACUGUUCAUAAAAUAAAAUUGAUUUGAUAUCACGCGUUAAUUUGUAAACAUAACCUAUAAAUAUUUCGACUAUAACUAAUUAUUUAUAUGGAACAUAAUCAAUACUGUCGUCAACAAUGUCCAUGGAAGUAAACACUGAUUCGAAUAUGUCUGUUAAUUCUAAUUCAUUGGAAUUACCUCCAGUAUCAAAAAAGGAAAGUCAAGGGUUUAUUGCAGAUUUAGGAAAACUUAGAACAUUCGAAUUAAAUGAUCUCUUGGAAAGACAAGACAAAUUACUUUCUAACAAAUUCGUUAUAUCCAAACUCGUUGAUAAAGGUGAAAAGCUAAAAGCGUUUAAGGAAAAAAUCAUAAAAGAACUUGAUCAUCGCAAUGAAAUUGACAAUGCAGCUCGUCUUCUUUCAAAAUUAAAUAUAGUUAAGGAUGGAAAAUCAGCAAUGAAUCAAUUAGAAUGGACGGGAAAGUAUUCUGAAGCAGAUACUGAAGAAAAAAUUGUCGAAUUAGACAGUGAUGAUGAUGAGGAUCCUAUUCAAAUUUUAGCUCAGCCAACAGGAACUGGUGUUCAUAAAAAGAAAAUUAUUCACAUACCAAAGGAAGAGAGUUUAAUAAAACCCGAAGACUUGGAAAGAAUCGAAAACUUUAAUUCAAGUAACUCAUUGGAUUUGGAGCACGUGAAGCGUAUUGUUAAUAUUGUUGAAAAUCCCAAUAAUGAAAAAUCAAAAGAAAAAUUUAUGCCUUAUAAAACAACAAGGUCAAAUGUACACGAUCCUAUGAAGGAAAAGGCUCGAAAGAAAGGUAAACAUUGGGAGGUAACAGCAGCUACACCACCUCAUAUUAUUCACGGAGCUGUCAAGUGUAUAACUAUUAAUGAAUCUAUGCAAUUGCAAAAGGAACAAGCAGAAAAACUAAGCGUAAUUCAACUAGAGCAUGCGGCCAAACGUCUUGCCGAAAAGUUCAAAAUUCACAACAUUGGAUCUAUGCCAACAAUUAAUUUGGAAAAUUAUCGAACAAAAGCAAAUUCGGAUUCUGAAUCAUCAGCGGAAUCUGCAGACGAAGAUGAAGAAGUUUACGACGAAGAAGCUAUCGAUAAAGAUCGAACUGUUGCCAUCUCUGUUCAUAAUUACGAUUAAUUUAUUUUUUAAAUGUCUUAAAAAGAUCUACGAAUGUUUAAAUUUAAAAAGAUCUAAAAUUAUAUUUAAAGAAUAGUCUAUAAACUAUAGUAAAAGAAUAAUUUAAAAAAUACACUAAAAGAAUAUUUUAUAAAAAUAUACUAAAAGAAUAUGUUCAAUAAAAUAGCUCUUGUAACUUAAAUUAGUUCUUAAUAAACUAUUUUUCUAUUGUA